GUUUUUGCAGAUCUCUUAUGUGAAUCUCAGAUUUUCAUUCGAAGAAUUGAAGAGCCAUACAGUGUUAGCUUGCGUGACGUUAAAAGGGCGAUCAAGCUUGCCGCGUUCUUUUCGAAGAGUUUAAAAGAUCGUCCCCCUGCUAAUAAAUAUAGUGUAUAUCCACCUGAAGGUGGGAUUCAAAUUUCAACCAGGUGUUAUAUUUUAUCAUUGGGAUUGUGUUACCAGGCCCGUAUUUAUGACAAGGAGACAAGAAAAAGAUAUAGGAAUGAAAUGAAGAUAAUUUUCAAGCGUCACGGAAUUAAUAUCGAUGAGGAGAAGUUUAACAAAGUUAUUAGAGAAGAACAGGAGGAUUAUGUGGGAAGAAUGACAUGCCCGCCAAACACAGCAUUAAAUGAGGCUCUCUUGGAAAAUGUGUUGGUCAUGGCCGUCUGUAUCCAAACUAAAAUUCCUGUUUUUAUCAUCGGAGCUCCUGGGUCAUCUAAAUCAUUGGCCGUUAGACUUGUGAGUCAGAAUCUUCGUGGUUCCGACUCAAGCGAUCCAUUUUUUAAAACUUUACCCCAGGUCUACCUUAUUCCCCAUCAGGGUUCCUCAUCCUCGACGUCAGAUGGUAUCAUAAAGGUGUUUCAAAAAGCCGAGGCCUACCAAAAAACCGGUUCCGAUGAUUUUUCGGUUACCAGCGUGGUGUUGCUUGACGAAGUCGGAUUGGCCGAAAAAUCGCCAUUUAAUCCAUUGAAGGUGCUUCACGCUUUACUUGAACCAAGAUAUCCGUCUGACGGGCCUUCGGUAUCUGUGAUUGGUAUUUCUAAUUGGAGAUUGGAUAAUAGUAAGAGCAGUAGAGCUUUGUUGGUGCAAAGGCCUAAAUUUGACCUCGACGAUCUUGUGGAUACUGCUGUCCGUCUACUUAAAGAGGAGACGUGGACCACGAAAGAACUAUUAAAACCAUUAGCCAAGGCAUAUUAUGACUAUGAACAACAUGGACAGGAGAUAGCUAACUUCCACGGUCUUCGAGAUUACUAUGCCCUAGUUAAAAGCCUUUCAGUUGACAAACUGACACCAAGGAAUAUUCAGAAAGCAUUAUUUCGCAAUUUCGGCGGCACCAGCAAGACGGUAGAAUUGUGCGAUAAGCAUUUUAGGGAAGUUUUAACUUCGUUCAAUGAUUAUAAACUCUGGGAAUGUACUCCAAUACCAAUCGAUGAUCUCAUAAGCACUAAUUUGAACGAAAAAGGAGCAAGACAUCUAAUGAUCAUCGGAAAAAGCGACUCUAUUCUGAACCUGCUUAGUUAUCAGAUGAAAAAAAGUAAUCUGGAUCCCAUCAUCAUACUUGGGUCCCAAUUUCCCGAUGACCAGGAGGAUUAUUCAUACAGCGUUCUAAGCAGAAUCAUGAUCAUGAAGAUCAGCGAUAUCCUUUCGGAUUACGAAGAGGAGACGGUUUCGCAAUUAGAGGCGUGGGCAAAACAAAUGGUUGGAAUUCCCAACCCUGAUCCAAAUUCAAGAUUCACGUUGAAAGAUCUGUUCAUCGGAUUUGAUCCGGAUGAAACAUUGCAAAGUUUAGUAAUCGACGUCUCAAGAAAUGAUAGCGACGAUGACAGAAGUGUGAUUCUUGAAAAAUGCAAGGAAAAACUUAUAGCGAUUGCAUCUUCGGAUGGUAUCGUACGCGCGGAGAAGUCUAUCUUGAGCAUGGAUGAAAGAACUCACUGGAAGAAUAUUUAUUUUAACGCUCAACACCAUGAUAGUAUGGCCGAAUAUUUCCGAGACUUGUUCAAUAAUGAAACGGCGAAAAAGAAAAGUCCCGAUGGCUUUCAAGUGGACAAGUUAUCCACUUUUAAAACGGAAUCACAACUUCAAAAUAGGAUCAAACAUUUCUGGCAUGAAUCCGCAGAACGGUUGUUGGUUCUACAAUGCGAUGUGACAACGGUGAACGCCGGGUGCAUCAAGUUGACCAAAUUCAUCAUUGAACAGCUACGAAACGAAUUUCUGACAAAAAGGACUCCAACGGCACCAUUUAACUUCAUGUGUGGUUGGGAUCAAGUGACGAUCGAAACAUUGGCGAGACAAAAGAAGUCACCUUCGAGCCUUUUAGAGGGAAAUCUGUGCGAAGUCAUAAACACGAUAUAUAAAUUCGAAGAUAUUUUGGAACAAGAAUUGCCAUGGUGUCUAUCGUGCAUGAAGUACCCUUCGAAUUCCCGAGCGGUUGAACAUAUAAAGAUCAUAAGUUCACAAAUUUUGAAUCAUCCGAGGCUCAUUGAACUUAUAAAAACACGAGUACAAUCAUGGCUCGGAGAGAAAACAUCUGAAGACUGGCAAUUUAAGGUGGCUUCCGACAAGAAAUUAUUGUAUCGCUAUUCUUCCUUCUCAACGGCAUUGCAGGCAUACAUUCGAUCGUUUGUUCGGAUACCGAUAGCUAAGAUGCUUUACGCUCUUGAAAGAGUGUCAGUAACACGAACGUUCUUUACCCUCAAUGCUGUAGAGAUGAAUGAUCCACCGGAAGUGGAUAACUCUGAUCCAAUUCCGAUGGAUGUGAAUAGGUCAAUUGAAUUAGAACAAAUCGAUGAUGCUGUUGAACAUGUAAAUUGCCCGAUGGAAGCAAGUGAAUAUAAACUGAUGGACGUUCACGCAUCCACCGAAUUGGAACAAUUUGACGAUGCAGUAGAAGGUGCGGAUGACUCGAUGGAAACCAGUGUCUCUAACCUGGCGGACGUUUACGUGCCCAUUGAAUUGGGACAAAGAGAUGAUAAAAUAGAGUGUCUGGAUGACCUGAUGGAAGAGAGUGCUUCCAACUCAAUGGACGUUCAUACGUCCAUUGAAAUAGAACAAACAGAGUUCAAAGAAUCGGAUAGUGCAGACGAACGUGACAAUAAUAUGUUGAUUGAAUCAGAAAAUCUUGGUGACUUACUCAAUUCAGAUCUAGCCAAGAUUCUGCAGGAAUUCUGGGUCAGAAUGUUUAAUGAAGAAAAACUCAUCAAUAUCAAAGAAUUACAAGAACCACAACCGGACAAGUAUGAUAUGCCCUCAGGAAUUUACGAUCUGAAGUUUCCAUUUUCAUAUUACUUCAUGGAACAGAUUGAUAGUUAUCGAGCCGUUUACACUGAAGAAAUUUCUACGCUUAAGGACGAUCCAAAAUCCGAUCAAUACACAAUCGACAGUUACAUCACCGAUUUUACCAGAAAAGUCGUUUCCUUGAUUCCUAUAUUCAAGUCGUCACCCAUAAGUCAAGCUUCUCUAUUAUAUUUCAAAGAUUUCGUGUCUGUUGUUGCUUACAGUGAGUUCGGGGAUAGAGAUCUCAAAGUUCUUGAAUCUAUCCUUCGAAAGCAGUUAGGGCCGGAAAAAAUACGGAACCCAGUGUUCUUACAUAUCUAUUGGUGGGAAAAUCAAAAUUCAAUAUUAACUCAACUUCAAUUAGCUCAGAUGGUACCGUCAAGUAUUCAAAAGCUCAAGGGCAAAAAAGCUAAUAUGGCGAUUGAUUAUUCGACUCACCUUAUGGAUGAAGUUGUUCAAUUUAUGUUACAUGAUAUCAGCGAUCCCUCUCGUGGUCCUGCAUUUCAAAAGUACGAGAUCGAUCGAUGGAGACAUAAAGCUACUAAGAUCAUCUCCAUUGGCAAAAAAAUUACAGGGUCUCUGGAAAUGUCAUCGUUUCAGACUUUGCUUGCUUGCGACGACUUACUCUCCACGGCAGCGUUCGCACGUUCGGAAAUCAUGCGAAUCGUAAAUUUAGGUCUGAGCAUGAGAAACUGCAAUGAGGUUUUGUCUUCCGAAUUUGUACAUAGCAUUCUUGAACUGCUAACUGGACUUCCAAAAACCGAGAAAAAUCUGAAUCCAAAGAGAUCUUUUAUUUUAAGAUGCCUGAAUACAAUUCCAAUCGAAUCGUCUGCUCGUUUAACGCUCUACAAAACUUUAUUCACACAAGAACCUUUUCCAUUGAUGGGCGCUAUUAUAACAGAGAUUUUUAAGGCUGAGGACAAUGAGAUCAAGAAUAUCUUCUUCAGCAUUAUUGAUUUUCCCUCAAGAGAACUUUCCCCAAGGCUACAUGUAAUCGACAAUUGUAUCGAAAAUGCGGGUCUCAAUUCGUCAAUGACGGUAUUAUGCUGUGACACGAUCCAACAAGAGUUUUUUUCAGGCUACAGCUUGCGCAGUAUGACUCCACACCUUCAUAAAGCCUUGGAAACAUUAUACGGUCACGGGAUGAGACCAGUGAAAAAGAUUACAUCGAUCGCGUUCCUCAAGGAAUUUGCGCAUCUGCUCUGGGAUCAUGUCUUGAUUAACGACCGAUUCCAAGUUCGAGAUCUUUACAGAGAUAGGUUUCUUCAAGACAUUGAUGAUUACAUGAGUCUGGCUCAUCCGUUGAUACGAUCAUUGAAGAUAUAUCUCAUCCGAAUUCUGCGCGACAAGGGAAAAUCGAUGAACGAAAUCAAGCAGAUUUGCGACAACCAAAGGUUAUGGUUUGCUGAUUUAUCGUGGGAGGCAAACGACAAUAACCUGUUACCAUUCAAUCCGUACUUUGCAAUUAAUGACUAUGUAAAAUUCGAAAUGGCACUUAGAGACUUUCAAGAUCGCGCCUAUAAAACUCCACUGAAGAAUCUCAUUGGCAAUCGCCGAAUCGAUAAAAACAAGGUCAGAGCUAUGAAGCAGAAUGAUCAAGCGGGUUACAUUAGAGAGCCGAUCGAUAAAUCACAAGACUAUACUGUGAGAUCAAUGCCCCCGGUAUCUUAUCGGAUUCUUCAUUUUAUUGUGCACGUGCUUAUCGCUUCAUCGUUACCGUCGAAUGAGACCAAGAAAUUUCUUGGAAAAAGUAAUGAAUAUGACAGUGAAAUUGAGAAAUAUUGUGUGGAUCAUAUUAAAAAUGACUGGGAGGUUCUUAAGAAAAUCCUCAAUGCGACGGAUGAGAACCUGGCAUUGUUGAUCAUCUCGAUUUUAAAUGAGAUGAGCGAGAAACCGUCCGCACAAUUCCCUAAAGACUUGAGAACUCCAGAAGACAGAAUCAAAUGGGAAACCAAGUUCACCGAAAUAUAUGUCAACCCCAGAAUCCAUAGUAUUGUGGAGACGGCAAAUAUAUUCAGGAUGCGAUUGGAUCAAGCAAUGAAGAGUGCGAAUAUUAUUGGUAAUUUGAUCGAAGGAGAAAUUAAUCAAAGUUUGGCAAUGGAUGAGGAUUAUUGCAACGAACACCUGCCUAGGUUAUGGAGGACGAUUGGAAGAAUUGAUUUCCAAAGUUUUAGGGCCUAUUACACGGGAAAUUUGAGACAACAUCAAGAAGAUUUCCCAUUCCUGGCGGUUUACUUUGAACACUCCGAGAAACUUGCCCUCAUAAAACACCUUUAUCCGAUAGUGAGAUUUGUGAGAAUCCUGAAUUCACGACUUGCAUAUCAAUUGACCAGAAAAGAAGCUACCCGUUUAUCUUUUGAAGAUUUCAUUAGCGAAGAAUCACAAAAUGGAGAUUUAAAGGAUGUUCACGGAACUUUACUGGAGGCAUUCGAAAAAUUUUCCGAAUCUUGGAAUACUAUAAUUGAAUAUGUGAAUAAAUAUCAUUGUCAUGAAUUCAAGGAAGAAAAACCAAAGGUAGACUUGAAGAAGCAUGUGGUUUUAGGAUUGGUGGAAGGAAGGGAUGUAGGAAUUUAUUUGUGUGCAAUACUGGAAUUCCUGAUUAAUUUGCAGAAUAAUUUUUUGCAAGACGUUUUGUCUAUUCCUAAUGCGAACGAGUCACUCAAGUUCUGGCGCACACAAACUUCGGAGGGUGAAAGAGAGCUUUAUAUAGAGUCCAGAAAGCUUGAUUGCUUACAAGAGAAUAACUUCAUAAAUUACGAGUGGAAUAACUCGAUUCUUCAGCACAGUCAACGGAAUCUCGGGAUGAAGUUUGGACAUGAUGUAGUCUUUGAUUUGCAACGAAUCGAGGCGGAACUCGCGUUGCAACUUUUAUCGGAAAAAAUUUACAUUGAUGGUGGGGGUGAACAGCGAUUGUACAUGGAUCCAUUCCCAUAUCACAUGGAAUUAAUUCAAAAUUCCGUGAGAAUACUAAACGACAUCUCGGACAUCUUACCACAAGAACCUAUCCCAUCCGACAAGGCUUUGGUCAUAAUUGGGUCCCCUGUUAACAUGCAUCAGAAUCCAACGUCUGUAAAUUAUCACAUGGAUAACGCGUCAGAAAUGUUUUCGUUUUUAGAGGUUCUUAUUUGUUUUAUAAAAAGAACUUCUAGCAAUGAUAGCGAAAUGCUUAUCAACGAUUUCGUUCAUCGAUGGAUAAAGCUUUCGAAUCUAAUAGAGCACAAAGAAUAUAAUAACAUAUUAGGGAUAGGUCUGAAGCUCAAGCAUGUGGUGGCACUAUAUGAAUUGAUUGAGGAUCAGGUUGCAAACACGACCAUUAGAUAUCUUCCUCAAGAUUUGAGAAUACCGCUUGACGAAGAUUUGAAAGAAGCCAUUGAAAAGACGCUCGACUUUGACCAAAAAAUGAUAAGGUUUCCGGCAGAUGCUUUUGCCAUUGCGCUUAAAAGAUUCAUGCAAAGAUUUUUGUCGGUGGAAAACAACAACCUGGAUCAUGCGCUAAAUACAUAUUUAGCCGAUAUGACCCUGAAUCUCUGGCCAGCGAAUAUUGACGAACAGCUCGUAGACGACACAUUCUCCUACUCAUUUUAUGAUCUACUCGUAAAACAUUCUUAUUCGGCCUACAUUUUUGUAAUCGACAAAAUAGAGAAAUCAAGAAAAAAGAACUCUGAGGCGCGUAGACCUUCCCACAAAAGAAACCCGAGAUUUUCCGCGAGGAAAGAAAACCAUUACAAUUAUGAUGCCUUUAACGUGACCCCUCAAUACAUGUCGUCUACCCCGUCUACCUCUUUAUCCGAAUCAUCAUCGUCAAGCUUGUCAAGUUCCAGAAUCUCGAAAGGCAAACGGAAAGAGCGAAUAUUCGAUCAAAUGUGA